GAACAAAGGGGAGGAGUUAAGAUAAAAAGAUAAGCAUAUAUCUACAAAUACUAUAAAUACAAGUGAAAAAUAUCAGAUAACCAACACAACUAAGUUACUGACAGAAUAAAUAUCGAAAAAGAAAGAUAGCCAUGGAUAGGAUACAGUGCCUGCCACAGUUUCUUGGAUUGUUAUGUAUUGCCUACAUGCUGGCAACAGUCGAUGCAGGAGAAUCAAACUGCCGAACUGGAGACGCCUGUAACAGCUGUCCUGACGGUCACUUCCAUAUGCUGAACGUCAACAAUAAGAACAUUAGGGUCUGUUGUGACGGCUGUAAGAAGUAUAUCCAGUCCGGACACAGAAUUAGCGACGGCUUGCCUUACUGCAGCUGCUAUGACCCUAAAGACAUUGCAGGAGAUUGUUGGAAAGAUGACCAAUGUUCGAGUUGUGAUAGCGGAAGGGUUGGUCAUAUCAACUCCAUCCCCGUUUGCUGUGCUAACUGUGAAGACUCUGGCCUCGCCAUCGGAGGCAGAUUCUGCAGCUGUCUUCAUAAUGGAAAAUAAAAAUAAACAAAUGUUGUAGACAGUCCUCGGAAGACAGAUAUUCUAACGAACUGUCACAGUGUUCCUCAAAUUCUUAGUAUUUUUUGUUUGUUUUUCGUUUGUUUUUGAAGAAAUGAAACUUUUGGUUCAAAAAUGUAUUAAGCAUAAUUUCUUAUAUUUCAUUGUUUUAAAAAAAAUAAUCCGAGAAAGUUUGCUUUUUGGAAUAUGAUGUUAUACAGGUCUCGUUUUAUGAAAUAAAUCUUUCAA